CUGACACUUCCGAUUACUUAUCGUGACCUUACCUUGUUACCAUGUAGGGGCUCAUACCCCGCCCUGCUCGUUCUUUUCUCUUCCUUGUUCUUAGGUCCUCAACUAAAUUCACCGGAACGACAACCUUGUACCUCGAAGCUUCUCACUUGCCCCGCGCCUUAAUUUCUAACUAUGGCAGAAAAGCCUUCCACCAGACCAGCGGUCAGUACCGGUAGUGAGAUCCCGCCGGCUCCAGCCUCGGGCCCCUCGAGCGUGCCAGCCCAAAGCACGAUUGCGACAGGGGCAACCGCUACUAACCCCUCCGCGCCACUGGUUGCCGCUGAACAUCCCGAGGACGACGACGGAAGUGACUCGGUAUUUAGCGGUGAUGCUACUAGCUCUGCAGCCUCUGUGUCCUCGAGCAUUCUCGAGUACCGCACUAUCCAUGGACGUACGUAUCACAGCGAGAGAUAUGACACGCAGUACUUUACGCCCAACGACGACCGGCAAAGUGAAUCCUUGGACAUUGUGCACCACUACCUCACUCUUCUCCUUGAUGGCAAACUACACCUUGCCCCUAUCAAGAAAGAUAUACAGAAAGUGGUCGAUAUAGGCACUGGUGACGGAAUCUGGGCAAUCGAUUUCGGUGACGAGCAUCCUAGUGUCGAAGUGAUAGGCACGGAUCUGUCGCCAAUACAGCCAGUCUGGGUGCCUCCCAACGUCAAAUUCGAGAUCGACGAUGCGACCCAGCGGUGGACCUGGCCAGACAACACGUUCGAUUUUGUACAUAUCCGAUUCCUCACCGGCGCCAUCAAGGACUGGCCAGCGCUGUUCCGCGAGGCCUACCGAUGCUGCAAGCCCGGCGGCUAUGUUGAGUCGGGCGAGUUUGCCCCACGGUACUACUGCGAUGAUGGGACGGCCAAUGACGAGACCAUAGAGUUGUGGAAUUCUGUGUUCGAGGAGGCCGGCAAGAAACUCGGCCAUAGCUUCACUGUGAUCGAGGACAAUAUCCAAGAGACGGGGAUUAGGGCCGCCGGGUUCGAGGAUAUCAACGCGUUUGCUUACAAGGCUCCUGUUGGUGGAUGGACUGCAGAUAAAAAAUUGGCUGAGGUAGGACGCUAUUCACAGCUGGCGCUGGAGAACGACAUGGAAGGCUACACCCUCUUCUUAUGCACGACUGUCUUGGGAUGGUCCAAGGAAGAGUAUCAGCUGUUCUUGAUGAGCAUGCGCAAGAUAUUGCGCAAUACCAGGAACAUCCACACCUACUGCAAGUACAAAUAUGUUUACGGGCGCAAACCAGGAGGUUUGGCCGCAGCCUAAUGGUAGCCUUCGCAUGCUUGCUCAUACCUACCUUUUCGUUUUAUCUUGUUUCUUUGGUUCUUAGUUUUGGCUAUUAGUAAAAAACUGGGUUGUAAAGUUGCCAUCCAUCCAUCCAAAAUGAAAGCAACUGUGAUAGGCAAGGAGCAGAACCACCACAGGGGUUUUGUAGAUCGAGUGCGACGGCGAAAAGCAGCAACAACGGCCGUAUUGAUCAAUAACGGUUUGUUCUAUGAACCGUAGCUAUUCUAAAGGAAGUCACCGAUCUUGAAUGGAAUAGGAAAUUAAUUAAUCGCUG